GGCGCUGGGCUGGCGCACCGGGUGGGCCGAGCCCGGAGCCGCCGGCGCGGGGUGGUGGCCCCGGCGGGCGGGCGACAUGCAGCGGGACAGCGGCCAGGCUGCGGAAAAGGAAAGGGGGCUGGCCUAAAGGCAAGAAAAGGAAACCCCCGAGGGAGCCUCCUGUUCCCCGCGCUCCUAGGACAGGGUACGUGAUAUUCCUCAAUGAGCAGAGGAACCCCCUGAGGGCCAGGCACCCAGAUCUGCCUUUCACGGAAAUCACGAAGAUGCUGGCCGCUCAGUGGGCUCAGCUGCCCCAAGAGAAAAAGCAAAGGUAUGUUUAUGAGGCAGUUGAGGACAAGCAGCGCUACAUCCGAGAGCUGCAGGCCUACCAGAGCUCCAAGGCCUACCGAGCCUUCCUGCGGAGGCGGGCAGCGCACAAAGUGCAGGCGCUGUGCGGAACAGGUACACUAGGAUGUGAAUUUGAGAGCGAGGGCCUUGACUUCUCAGCAAUUGACAGGCCUUGGGAUGAGUUGAAAUUCUCAGCUGUGCUCAGAAAAGCCUCAACCCGGCAAGCGAUCUCACAGGGGGAUGAGAAUGAUGACCUGUACUGUCGGACCUGCAGGCAGUUCUUCAGUUCCCUGCAUAACAAGCGAGAGCACCUGCUGGGGAAGCAGCACCUGCAGAACCUCACAGGGGAAUUUGAAAAAGAUUCUGCCGAGUGCUUGAAGCAUCUGGAGCCUCUGGAGGGAGAGGUAGGUCAGAAUUUGAACAAAGGGGACUCAGAGGAGGAAGCUGAGUGCCCUGAUCCACUUCCACUCAGAGGCCUGAUUCCAGAGACGAGUUUUGCUUCACUUGACUUAUGUUUCUUGCAAGAGUUCAUCUUUAAACUUCUGAAAAUCAAAGAAUUUGAGCUCAGAGAGCUGAGGAAGACUUUAGAAAGAGCUCAAGUAGAGCAGGAGGCCCUGCAGAGGCAGCUGCUGGAGUUCCAGAACCGGCAGCAGAGGCUGGAGGUGGAGCUGGCCGGCCUGAAGACCUACGGGGUCGUCCUGGAGAAGGAGUUUGAGAACCUGAACAUGGUCCUGAUGCUGUCCCACUUCGGCCUGCGAGUCAUAGACACGACAUAAAGCAGUGCCCACCCCUGCACCGACGGAACCCCAGGACGCAUUCUGGACACACGGGGGUCAGCUUCCAAAGAUGCAUUUCCCUCAGUGGAGGAAGAGUGGAAGAUCCUGGGGUCCUGCGGAUGGGACGGCCAGGACGGCUCUA